GGAAUAAAGAGCGAGAAGCUGAUUCUGCUGAAGAAAGAAGCUGAAAGAUGAAGACGUUGGUCGUCCUGGUUCUCUGCUCCCUGGCUGUCAUCUGUCUGACUGCAGAUGACUCCACAGGUUCCCAUCCUGCUGACAACCCUGCUGAGGAGGGUCUGUUUGUGGAGAGGGAGCAGGCCUCCGCGGUGGUGAGGCAGAAGAGAGCUGCUGAGUUGUCCCUGAAUCAGCUGGAGAGCCUGAGAGAGGUGUGUGAGUUAAACAUGGCUUGUGAGGACAUGAUGGACACUCAGGGAAUCAUCGCCGCCUACACCGCCUACUACGGACCGAUCCCCUACUAGAAGCAAAACCACCACAGCCAGAAAAGCAUGGGUCACCAUUUCCAAAAAGUUAUUGCGUAAAUUGAAAGGAUUGAACUUUUGUGGAUGCAAGCAGGUGUGUGAAAGGGAAGCAAAAGGAAUCAUAUCUGCAUCCACCAACAGAACUGUCUCCAAUAUUUGAUAAUGCUGUUAGCCUGUAGAGUAGUGUGAUGAAAUAAA